AUGGACAAGGGAAACGUAUUCCUAAAUGGCAAAUCUGGGUAUCCAUACAAUAAUAUGGACAAAGGCAAAGAUAACUCUAAGCACAUUGAGUGGAUACAGGGAAUUGAUGGAGAGGUCUGGGUAUGGAUCAUGGGGGAAGCCCAUGGGGACAAGUCAUAUGAGCAAAUAGCCGAAGAGCUCAUGGCUGAGACAGCCAGACAGCAAGCACAAAAGGAAGCAGAAGAACAAUGGAAAAAAAAAGAGGCAGAAAUUGAGAAGAAGUUUCGCGAUGUUAUGGCCAAAGAAAAAGCAAGAAUAGUGGCGGAAAAGUGGAAGGUGGAAAUAGAAGAUCGAAAAGCAGCAAAACUACUAGAAAAGAAGUUCCAGGAAGAGCUAAAGAAAAGAGAAGAGGAGGAGAGGAGGAAAGGUGAGGAACAGAUUCGCCAACGGGAAGAGCUACGAGCAAAAGAACUAUAUCUGAGUCUAAAGAGAGCUCAGCAGCAAAAUCAACGCAAUGAGAAUGAAGAAGAGGAGUGGCAAGAGCAAUUACGUAGGUCAAAGGCAGCUGAUGAAGAACGCAAGCAUAAAGCCCGCAGAGCACGAGUUGAAUAUCAUCGACAAUCUCUUCGGGCAAUCCAGAAAGGAAAGGUAGCUGGGCUAAGCAAUCUUUUUCAGAAUACUACUCUAAACAAUGGGCAGGAACCUACCCAAGAAAACUGUAUACCCUCAUUUAAACUUCAAAUACCAGCCGAAAAAGUAUGGGAGCGACCAGCUCGACCAAUAUCAAGGGAAGUCAUCAUCCGCUGGUUUAAAGAAGAGCAGAUCCCACUGCGAGCUGGCAUGGAAAAGGACAGUGAACAGAUUGCAGCAUGGUUCCACG